GUACGUCUAAAAACAGACGGUUUGCCGCUUUUUCUUAUUUAUUACUUUUGUAUUUUGUUAAUAAUAUAUAUUUAUAUAAAUUAAGUUUUGGAAAUGUUUGAAGUAGAACCAAUUAUAGCAGAUCACAAAGACGUUAUUCAUGAUGUAGUGUUUGAUUUUUAUGGUCGUCGCUUGGCCACAUGUUCUAGCGAUCAGACUGUUAAAAUAUGGGAUGAAGACGAACAAGGGAAGUGGACUGUUUCUAGCAGUUGGAAAGCACAUUCUGGAUCUAUAUGGCGUGUAUCAUGGGCGCACCCUGAAUAUGGGCAAGUCAUAGCAACGUGUUCGUUUGAUCGUACUGCAUCCGUUUGGGAAGAAGUUAUAGGUGAGAAAGUAGCUGCAACAAUGACACCUGUAAGAAGAUGGGUACGUCGUACCACACUAGUAGAUUCACGUACUAGUGUAUCCGAUGUUGAAUUUGCGCCAAAGUAUUUAGGCUUGAUGUUAGCGACAGCUUCAGCUGAUGGUAUAAUACGUAUAUAUGAAGCACCAGAUAUAAUGAACCUUUCUCAAUGGCCAGUACAACAUGAAAUUGCAAAUAAAUUACCCUUAAGUUGUCUGUCAUGGAAUACUUCAACAUAUAUGUUAUCAUCACAGUUAUUAGCGGCUGGUAGUGAUGAAACAGCUACACCUACUGGCAAAGUAUCUAUAUUCGCCUACAGUGAAAAUGCACGCAAGUGUAUGAAGGUGGAGACCAUAAAUGAUAUAACUGAUCCAGUGACUGAUCUUGCAUUUGCACCUAAUGCUGGACGUAGUUUUCAUAUGUUGGCAGUUGCUAGUAAAGAUCUUUAUAUUGUAAAUAUACGUGGUGUCACCGAUUCUUCUGGUAAUUCCAAAUUGGACAUACAAACACUUAAAUUUACUGAUCAUAAUUGUCCUGUUUGGCGUGUAUGUUGGAAUAUGUUAGCAACUAUGUUGAUUUCAACCGGCGAUGAUGGUUGUGUACGCAUUUGGCGAAUGAAUUAUAUGAAAAAUUGGAAAUGUGCUGCUGUCUUAAAAGCUGAGGGCAGCUCCCCUUCAUAUGAACCUUCAUCGAAUUCACCUACAUUAUCUGCAUCUGCCGCUGCAACAGCAAAGUACUAUAAAAAGGGAUCAAUAAGUAAUCCUAAUCAAGUUCCGUGGCAUUGAUAAAUAAUUAUAAAUAAUAUUUGUAUUUUUCUUUACUCUUCAAUAUACUUUAUAAUUUGAUGUUUUUGUUAUAUAUUUUUUUAAUUAAAAUAUUAACAAAUUAUUAAAAUUU